CGAGCCGUGAAAGUGGUGCUGCGCCGUGCCCUCAUUCAAAAUGGCCGCUGCUGCUUCAAAACAGUGAGAUUGGUAGGAAGAGGAGGAAGGAGGAGGCCGCUGAGAGGAUAAAAAAAGGGAAAUAGAGGAGGAAAAAAAGAGGAAAGAAAGAAGGAAGAGAGGGACUCCCCAUGGAGUUGGGGGGCGAAGAAAGAAGAGGAAGGGGCCAGGAGAAGGAAGAGGGGGUCAAAGGGGCGCCCAACAUGGCCGCUCCCCUCAACGGCAGUGGCGGCAGUGAGACGUUCCCUUUGCACCGUGCGGUCUGGAAUAACGACUUCCAGCGGCUGGAAAAACUCCUGGAGGAACAGUACGCUGAGCGGAGGGACCCCCGCAGACGCACCCCUCUCCACCUGGCGGUCUCUUUGGGGCACAUCGAGUCCGCCAGGGUCCUCCUGCGCCACGAGGCCGAUGUCACGAAGGAGAACGCGCAAGGAUGGACAGUCCUCCACGAAGCGGUCAGUACUGGCGACCUGGAAAUG